AUGGGUCUUCGCCGACGGACUGGCUCACUGCUCACCUGCGGCCUCAGAGCCAGGCCUCUCCCUUCAUCUGCGAGUCGCAGAGAGGCUGACUCCGGCUGGAACCUCUCGACAGACACUGAAACACCGGCAGGCAGCAUCCCCGCCCUGCGCUCCGGUCACCGCGAGGCCCAGGCCCCUGCCCACCCCUCCCCCGGGGCGGGAGAGGAGCUGGAGGAGGGAGCCCCGGUGGAGCCUGCCGGCCCGGGGCGGAGUGUCCAGCCAGUCCCCAACAGCGGCCGGCAGAGGCAGGCGCGUCUGAGCGCUCCGGACAACGAGGCCCUGGCCCGCCUCGGCCGCUCCGGAGACCGUCCGUCAGCAGCCCAGUUUAUAAAUCACGGGGCGGCUGGCUGCUCGCCACGGGGAGGUCCGAGCGCCCAGAAGUACUUAGCCGGCUCCCAGCCCCGCCCUCGUGCUCUCUCCCCACCUCCAGCAGCAGGACCAUCCAUCAUCUUGGCCCACAGAGGAGAGGCCCUCGGGGGCGACCGUGUCCGCAGGCUGCUGCCGGAGAGGCCAGGUGGGCCUGAGUGUCCAACGGGAGAAGCGGCGGAAGAAAAAGAAACGAAGCUCGGCGUCGCUGCAAAGAACCGGCCCGUGCAGGGAGCAGCCCCCCAGAUGCCCUCAGGCCCUAGGGACCCCCGCAGUCCCUCACGGCAUGAGGUCGCCCCAGUGUUUGUGGAGAUGGAGUCUCCCGUAAAGAAACAUAACCCCAAGGGGGCCUCCCACCCCCUUGGCCAGUCUGCGGCGCGGAAGAAACGCCAGGAGCAGGAGUCACGGGGUUGUCUUACGGUCCAUCUGCUGACCACGUGA